AAAACAGCUGAUCAAGGACGCCAUCAUGGACAAUGACUUCCUUAAGAACCUCGACACCAGCCAAGUACGCGAGAUUGUCGACUCUAUGUACCCGCAGGAGUUUCCCGCCGGGUCGUGGGUCAUCAGAGAGGGAGACGUGGGUUCGCAUCUGUACGUGUCGGCGAUGGGCGAGCUCGAGGUGGUGAAGGACGGCGACAUCCUGGGCAGGAUGUCCUCGGGGAAGGCCUUCGGGGAGCUCGCCAUCCUCUACAACUGCACCAGGACGGCCAGCGUCAAAGCUGUGACCAACUCCAAGCUGUGGGUGCUGGACCGCCGCGUGUUCCAGCAGGUCAUGAUGCGCACCGGCCUCAAGCGCAUGGAGGAUAACAUCAACUUCCUCACCUCGGUGCCACUCCUGCAGAACCUCAACAAAGACCAUCUGAGCAAGAUCGCCGAUCGGCUCGAACUUGAUUUCUAUGCUCCCGGAACCUACAUUAUCCGACAAGGAACUAGUGGAGAUUCCUUCUACAUCUUGCGCUCAGGGAAGGUCCGGGUUACGCAGCGGAUACCAGGCAAGGGCGACGAGGAGGAGAUCCGCGUCCUGGAGAAGGGCAGCUACUUCGGCGAGCAGGCGCUGCUGCGGGAGGAGUGCCGCACCGCCAACGUGAUCGCCAUGGCACCCGGCGUCGAGUGCCUCACGCUGGAUCGAGAACACUUCAUCCAGCUGAUCGGCGACCUGUCGGAGCUCCGCGAGAAGGACUACGGGGACGAGACGCGCGGAGUCACUCGGCCCACCACGGCGCCGCAUAACGUGGACGCGGUGGCAGAGUACGCCUACAUCCGCCUCGACGACCUAGACGUCGUCGCCACCCUGGGCGUGGGCGGCUUCGGGCGGGUGGAGUUGGUCCAGUACGCCCACGACAAGUCCAUGACCUUCGCCCUCAAGUGCCUUAAGAAGCAACAUAUUGUGGAGACGCAGCAGCAGGAACACAUCUUCUCCGAGAAGAGAAUCAUGAUGGCCGUCAGGAACCCUUUCAUUGCCAGGCUAUACAAGACCUUCCGUGACAACAAAUACGUGUACAUGAUGAUGGAGGCUUGUCUGGGCGGCGAAGUGUGGACCAUCCUGCGGGACCGCGGCUGGUUCGACGACCUCACCGCCCGCUUCUACACCGCCUGCGUCGUGGAGGCUCUGGAGUACCUGCACGCCAAGAACAUCAUCUACAGAGAUCUCAAGCCGGAGAACCUGCUGCUGGACUCCACGGGCUAUGCCAAGCUGGUCGACUUCGGCUUCAGCAAGCGGCUCGGGGUCAGCAGCAAGACGUGGACCUUCUGCGGCACCCCCGAGUACGUGGCGCCCGAGAUCAUCCUGAACAAAGGCCACGACAAGGCAGUCGACUACUGGUCCAUCGGCAUCCUCAUGUACGAGCUGCUCACGGGAACCCCCCCCUUCACGGCCUCGGACCCCAUGAAGACGUACAACAUCAUCCUGAAGGGCAUCGACAUGGUGGACUUCCCGCAGCACCUCUCGCGCAACGCCAUCUCGCUCAUCAAGAGGCUCUGCCGGGAGGCGCCGGCGGAGAGGCUCGGCUACCAGAGGGCGGGCAUCCAGGACAUCAAGAAGCACAAGUGGUUCCAGGGCUUUGACUGGGAUGGACUGAGAGCGAGGGUUCUGCAGCCACCCAUCAUCCCCAAGAUCAAGGGUCCUGCCGAUGCGGGCAACUUUGACUCCUACCCUCGAGAUGUGGAGGUUCCCACAGAUGAACUCAGCGGAUGGGACUUGGACUUCUAGAGGCCGGGACGCAGUGGGUGCUCUCUGCGGGGAGACUGUGACUUGAACUCUGUCGUGCUCACACAUCACACAGUGAAGAGAGGAGUGAUCAUUAUUUUGUGGCCUGGUUCUGGUUUAAAGCACAAAGGCAUAGGAGAUGUGCAGGAAAUAUUUUAUGUAUGUAUUGGAAACAUGUGGUUGGAAGGAAGGUUGAAAAGUGAAUAACAUCAAUUUUCAGAUAUUUUAUGGGCUAUGAUACUGCCUUUUCCACUAAUAGAGACAAUAACUAUUUUGGCAAUAGUCUAUGUAGCUACAUUAAUUUACACACACACACACACACACACACAUGUAACAAUUUUUCAUGCGCAUCUAUCACAUAAGAGUAACAGAAAUCAAGGAUGGUAUUAUAGCGCUGUGCUCAUGGAAUUUUCACUCUGAAGGAUAUUUCUUGAAAGAGUCUGCAUGCAAAGAGAGAAAUGUGUUGGCAUGUAUUCCCCUGAUGUGAAUUGAUGAAAAAGUUUCUGAUGCCUGACAUGUAUUCCCAUUAAGGCUGUUCAGUUUAACAGCACAUAUUGAUAAAAAAAAAGUGUUCUGACUUUUUUUUAAAGUCAGUCACUGGAAUACCUCAAUAGAAGAUCAACUCCUGAAUACAUUCGGUGGUUUUGCUUGAGGAAGUUCAGCAUAAUAGAAAAUAUGACUCAUUUGUCUAUUUUCUUUAAAGUCUAAGGCAUAAAUUCCUCCUAUCUUCUCAAACUCUCUGUUGAAGCAUGAACAGUAAUCCAUGCUUCAGAAAUCUACAAAGGGAUUCAUCACCUGAUUUAGUUCAGAGGUUAAAUAUGAACACAACUUCUAUGAUGAAAUGUACACGAAGUCCAUAGUUUGUGCACUCAGGUACUUGAGAAGAAGACCUCUGCUCCCAGUGCAUCACACUGUCUAGACGCCUUAUUACCUGGAUAGGAGUGAGAGCUGCAAAGGGUGAUGCUUAAGUGCUGAGUGAACCAGAAAAAUGGAAAAGUAGAGCAGAGGAAAAGGUGGAGAAAUAACACUCAAAUUAUUUUUUUAAUAAUGAUUCCUCUCUCUCAAGAAGAAAAGACUUGAGGUGAAAUGACUGUGCAGACAAGGUCUGAUGUUUCAUUUAAAACAGAAUAUUAUGAUCCUAUUUUUAAAAAAUUUCUUGUAUUUUGAAUCUUUUUUGUAUGAAAUUUAUUUAUCAGUGUUAGUAAAGAUUUAUUGCAUAAUUUUCUUCUUCCUCUUUAAUAUGCAUUGAUUCUUUGUGAAAGAAUCAGCAAGAAAUCCUUUACUGUGCUGUUUGUCUUUUGUUAAGAUAUUGCCUAGGGAAAUGCUGGCAGGCUGUACUGUACAUACCCUCUGUCGGAGCAUCUUUUGUAAAUAAAUUUCGAAAUAUUUUAUUCUAGGAAGGUACUUGAAUAUUAGCCUUAUUAUUUGAUAUGCACUUCAUGAUGUUUAAAGAGCUUUGAACAUAGAAGUUCAUGAAUGCUUGAAUGAAAGACUGGGUGAAUGGUUAUCAAUGAUUGCUUUAGUAUUGAGAAGGAAUCUAAAAAUAUGAUCUAUUCAAAAGCCAUUCAGCUAAAUCUAUUGAGAAAAAAAUUAGUCAGUUUUUUGGAAUGAUGAUUAAUGCAGUCUCUGAUAGAUAAACAGACAAAACAAUAGUCAUUAAUUUCAGAAUUCCUGUAUUCACAUUCAUUCUGAAGGCAUAAAGAAUUCACAGUGAAGGUGUAUAUUUGCCUCUUCCGAAUGCAGUUAUACCUGUUGAAUGUAUUGCUAGGUGUUAGAGUCUUUUAGUUUUGUUUUUCGGUUAGGUAUAAUGUCCCUUCUUUGCUACUGCCAGAAUGCAUGUGUUAUGGAAAAUGUGUAAUAGCCACAGUCACAUUUGCACAAGAUAAGCUUUAAGGAUAUGCAUCUGCCUUUUCAUCUCUUAUUACCGGGACUGGAGCGUAUUCGUUCCUUUUAAGUACUUAUCCCUAUUUUUCUUCCUCUUUUGAAGUUCGACGUUACUUUCAGAUUUCUUUUAUGAAAAUUUCUUGUAUGCAUUGUUUUACUCUCUAUUUUUUAUUUUUUUAUUUUCUAGCCUGAUGUUUCACAAUUGUGUUUAUCCUUUUUAGGGUAGGUAAAUGUAAUUUUAAAAAAUCUAUAUUUGCUUAAUCAGAUAUCGAUUAAUAUACAGUAAUAGCCUCUAUGCCUGGUUGAUCACUAAUGAAAGUAAUGCACAUAUCUGAUUAUUAUUAGCAAUAUUUUUUUUAUUAU